GUGAGGCUACCAGAUCAAAAAGGAAGAGGAGGCUCGCGACGCUCUCUUGCUUCUUGACCCUUUCGUUCCGAUUUCCUCUCUCUCUCUCUGAGGCUGACACACUCACACCCACUGUCUCAACCAAAUUUGGACACAUUAUCCAUUUCUCUGUUGCGCCUCUCAAUAAUUUCCACUAUAGAAACCGGUCUCUCUCUCUCUGGUGCCUCAUAGUGCAAACCGUUGUUGGGUUUGGAAGCACUCGUGGCUGUGAAAUGAAGGCAGGUCGCAAGUGACCAAGAUGUCUCUGCAGUUCUUGGGACCUUGAUUCUUGGGAUUUCUCAGGUGCCCGGGAUUCCACCUUUUCUGGAGCUUUAUUUGUGAAGGAUGAGACAGAGUUCAAGUAAGGGGAAGAAAAAAGUAGAAACAGAGAAGGAAAUUUUAUGGACUACAACCUCACAGCUCCUUGGAGUUGGGACUAGAUUGAAGACAAAGAAGGAUUUUAACGGAUUGGUUCAGUUUUAGGGUCGUGCCGCGUGGAGCUACAUAACAGAGGGGAGGAUUGCCUUGUGGACUUGAAGCUCAGGAUUGAGGGAGUUUGGAGGAGAAAUCUCAGGAGAAGCGGGACAAUUUUGAGCUUCUUUGAUGGAUUCGUCAUCAAAUGGAUCGUUAAAGCGGGCUCGACCUCCUGGUUUUGGUAGCCAAGUUGCUUCUUGCUUGGUUGAUGGAUGUGAGUCUGACCUUAGUAAGUGCAGAGACUAUCAUCGCCGGCACAAAGUGUGUGAGCUACACUCGAAAACCCCUAAGGUUAUCAUUAGGGGUCAGGAACAACGGUUCUGCCAGCAGUGCAGCAGGUUUCAUUCAUUAGCGGAGUUCGAUGAUGUGAAGCGAAGCUGCAGGAAACGUCUUGAUGGUCACAACAGGCGUAGGAGGAAGCCUCAGCCCGACCCCUUGUCCCUGACUACUGGCCGGUUCCUCCCCAGCCACCAAGGUGCCAGAUUUUCGCCUUUCAGUGGUCCGCAGAUGUUUCCAGCUAGUGCUUUAGCAAGCUGCUCUUGGCCUGGAGUUGUCAAAGUAGAGGAUGACAGCACUUCUUACAACACGCCUCAACUCGUUAACUUCAAUGACCGAAAUCUCUCCUUCGCCGGAUCAACCUCAUCUCACUGCAAAGGGCCUAUACAAUUUCCCUUCUUGCAAGGAACUGGUGCCGCACUUCUCGGAGCUUCGAUAUGUAAGCCUGUCCUUGACCCCAAUUCCGCUACCGGAACUGGUGGUGAUGGUAACAAUGCUAGAUCCUUUUCCAGUGGCUUAAACAGAGUUGUUGCCUCCGAGCGUGCUCUCUCUCUUCUGUCAUCACCACCAGCCAAGACUUCCGAGAAGGGUUUGAGCCGCAUGAUGCAGCUCGUCCCAUCCACCUCUGCUCAAUCAUUGACCACCGACUUGCGCUAUAAUAGAUUAGGACUUGGCAAGCCUGCGAGUCCUGGUUUGGAUUCUGAGAGCACCGGCAAUGGGGAACUCCAUUAUCAUGGGUUAUUCCAAUCUGAGCACGCCGGAUUAUCUGCAAAUGGACCGCACCAGACUCCCUCUUUCUCUUGGGAGUAGUAUUUGCCCUUACUAGAAUAGUCCGGUGGAGUUUCUUAAAGACAUAAUAAAUGCAGUGCUUUUCCCAGACCUUGAAGUUUUACUAGGUUCAUUAAAUGUUCAUGUAAAUAGAAUUCGAACCCCGAUAAUCCGGGGGUUCUAUUCGCUCGCAUUGUUAUCUGAAAGUAUCUCCUUGGGCAGUGUACUCUCGACUGCUUUCGUAUGUAUGAGGUAUCUAAAUUGGACAUA